GGCUAGCUGCGCCAACUGCGCCAUGGGUAACAAACUGAGCUGCUCCUGUGCCCCGCUGAUGCGCAAGGCCUAUCGCUAUGAGGAUUCCCCCUGGCAAAGUUCCCGUCGCCGCGAUGGCCAUCUAUUGAGUUCGUUCAGGUUGUGGGCAGAGGUCUUCCAUGUGUCAGCCAGCGGAGCCGGCACCGUCAAAUGGCAACAAGUGUCCGAGGAUUUGGUUCCUGUGAACAUCACCUGCAUUCAGGACUCGCCCGAGUGCAUCUUUCACAUCACCGCGUACAACAGUCAGGUGGACAAGAUACUCGACGUGAGACUUGUGCAGCCAGGUACACGCAUUGGCCAGGCAUCGGAGUGCUUCGUUUACUGGAAGGAUCCCAUGACCAACGACACCUGGGGCCUCAACUUCACCUCGCCCAUCGAUGCCAAGCAAUUCCGCGAGUGCUGUUCGCCUUCUUUCAAAUUUUCACGAAAGGCCUCGUCGUCGUACUCGCUGAAAUUGGAUCCCCCCGGCAAGGGCAAGGUGAAGGCCAAGCGAAAGCCGCUCAGCACUCCGGCGUCGCCGUCGCGCGUCCGCCAGGAGCCCCAGUGCACCUGCAUGUCCGCCGAGCAGUAUGCGCGCCUGCGAACCGAUCCCCGUGUUAGAGGUUCAUCCACUUUGCCGCGUAACGUUGGUUCGCACCGAAUCACCGACGUCGACGGCCAGCAGCAGGUGGGCUCCGGAAAAGUGAUCAGUGCGGUCAGCAGCACCUCGCUGUAUGACAACGUGGCCAGCGGUGGUCCUGGCCCCAACCAGGGAGCAGAUACCUUGCCGCGCCAGAUGAAGGGCGGUCAGCAGGAUAGACAGGAUGUGGCCAAUAGCGGAGUCAAUACCAACACUCCGGGCGUAAUUGUGACCGGCGUGGGCAACGUCGGCUCCGAUAUGUGCGGCCAGAAUCAUGUGGGCUCACAGGUGGGCAACGAUGACCCGGCCGCGUGCCAAAUGGACAUGGAUCUCUCCAAGAGCGAGGGCACCCAGGCCGGCGGCGGACUGCACCAGAGCGUGGGCACAUGCACCUCCUCCUCCAAGGGCACCGGCACCCGCAACAAGGACUUUGGCGAUGACAUGACACGCGACGCGCACUCGCACGACAUGCACCAGCAUAAUGUAAUCAACAACAACACCCGGCGGAAGACCAAGAGCACCGAGGACAUGAACGUGGACACCAGCACGCUGAAGCGCAUGCUGAAGCCGAUGCCCAGCACCGAGUCGCCGGUGACCUCGCCGGAGAUGGGGCGUCGGCGCUAUAACUACUACAAUGCGAAUGCGGCCCAGACAUUGGGCCACCCGCCGCACAUGCACCAGCAUGGAAUGGGCAUGGGAAUGGGCGGCGGCGGCGGCGGUGGCCACCACAUGAUGAACAACAACACGAUGGGCCGUGCCAGCAGUCAGUCGUCGCGCUUCUCCGGCUCGAGAUCCUCGCAUGAAAUCGGACGCGGCUAUCCGCCACGUAAUCUGUACUUGGAACUGGAGCGGGAGCGCAGCUGCAUCGAGGGUUCGCCGCCCUCGGACAAUGUUAUGUUCGACAACCAGUGCUAUGCGACCACUCCGAGCUCCAGCAAUGGCAACUCGGACCAGGAUCAAUCCUACGGGCAGCAGCAAUCAUCGGGUCAGCACUCCCAGCAGCAGCAGCAGCAGGGACCGCCGCAGCGAUCCUCGCGCCAUCAGCACCAUCAUCAGCAGGCACCCAAUGUGACCCCCACUCCGGGCUCGCCCACUUCGCGGCUGCUCCUCGAGUACGAGAUGCAUCUGAGGAACACACUGGCCAAGGGCAUGGAUGCCGAAUCCUAUAGUCUGCACACUUUCGAAGCCCUGCUCUCGCAGAGCAUGGAGAAUCUGGCCAAUGCGAAAUCAUCCACUUUGCCAUUGCCGCCACAUCGACCAUUGUCCACCAUUCGCGAUAAGGAGAGGGAUCGCGAUCGUGAUGGCUACUACAGUGAUCGCAAUGAGUUGAUCAGGGAGCGGGAACGCGAACGCGAUCGUGGCUAUCUAUCGGAUCACAAUUCCAGUUUCUCCAACUCGCGAUGCGCCUCUUGCAUUGGAGAAUCGGCUCGGGCCCAGUGGUUCCGUCACUCCGAUGGCUGGCGUUCCGGUAGUUCCACCAUUGGAUCCGGAUCGGGACAUGGCAUGAUGACCCAGCAGAUUCCUGGCUCCGGGCACAAACGUUCGCCCUGGGACUCGUUGCCUUCGUUGAGACAGGACAGCAGUCUCAACGAUUCGGGAUACAAGAGUGCUCGUGCCGAUUCCCUAGAACAACGUGCCGAGUUCAUACGUCAGGAUAGUUUGCGAUCAGAGUAUUUGAGCGAUCGCGAGUCACGCUACGGAAUUGUUCAACAGGCUUCCAUUGAGAGCACCGAUUCAAGGAUGUGCUAUCUAACAUCAUCAGAGAUUUCGGACGAUGAUCGAAUGAGCCUAACUACCGCCGUUUCGGAUGAAGAUGAUGGGGAAAGUGUCAUGGCGUCACCAUAUAAAGCAAAGGCAACUGGCACCGCUGCAUCCUCCUUCAAUUGCACGGGAGCUGUUCGCAAAGCCGGCUUCCUAUCGGUAAAGAAAUGGUUACUACGCAAGAAGCACCAGAUCGAGCUGGCAAGAAAGCGGGGCUGGAAGGGCUACUGGGUGUGCCUGAAGGGCACCACGCUGCUCUUCUAUCCGUGCGAUUCCCGGGAGGGCCGGAGUGUGGAGGCGGCGCCCAAGCACUUGAUUAUCGUGGAUGGUGCAAUUAUGCAACCGAUACCGGAGCAUCCCAAGCGCGACUACAUCUUCUGUCUGAGCACGGCGUUCGGCGAUGCCUAUCUCUUCCAGGCGCCCUGUCAGGUUGAGCUGGAGAACUGGGUGAACAGCAUACACAGCGCCUGUGCCGCCGCCUUUGCCAGGCAUCGCGGAAAAACUGGAACACUACACCUGCUCCAGGAGGAGAUCUUCCGGCUGGAGAAGGCCAUUGAGUCGGAUCACAAGCUGAAGCACAUGGCCGAACUGCAGCAAUCAGUUGUCACCGAUCAGGAGACGCGUCAUCAGAUCCAGACGCAGAUACUGCAGUGGGAGGAGAACCUGGAGCGGCUCCACUGCGAGCAGUUCCGGCUGCGCUGCUACAUGGCCUCGCUGCAAAGUGGCGAGCUGCCCAAUCCGAAGUCGCUGCUGACUCACGUGUCGCGGCCCACGAAGAACACGCUGAACAAGCUGGGCGUAUUCACGGUCUCGUCCUUCCACGCCUUCAUCUGCGCCCGCUCGCCCUCGCUGCUCAACAACCUGCUCGCCGGACGCGGGGCCACCAAGCGGCGACCGCCGAUGCUGUCGCGGUCCAACAGCGGCUCCAGCCGUCGAUCCAUGCAGAUGAAUUCACGUGACGAACCGGAAAAAACUUUCAAAGUUGCAAUGCCCGACAAUGCUUACUCGACAGUUUAUCUACGUGAUGCCAUGUCUGUGGAGGAAUUCCUCGCCAGCGCCUGCGCCCGUCGCAACCUCAAUCCCAUGGAGCACUUUGUGCGCGUCAAGAAGCGACGUGACAUGGAGGAUCACAAUUACUUUGUGCCGCAUCGCAACGAUCUGAUUGAAAAUUAUCUACAUAAUCACGAGUUCGUGGAGGUCUGCAUGAAGAUCCUGUACCAGGUGGAGCUGCAGCGCACGACUCUGGAGCAGAUGUGGGGCUUCUCCGUGGAGGCGGAGCUGAUCGAGAAUGCGGAACGCCAGGACGAGCUCUGCUGCUACGUGAGUCGCGUGGAGGACAAGAGUGUGGCCAUGCACAAUGGCAUUAUCAAAGGAGACGAAAUAAUGGUCAUCAAUGGCGCAAUUGUGUCCGAUCUAGAUAUGAUGUACUUGGAGAGCGUCCUGCAAGAGGAACAAUCGCUCAGCAUGAUGAUGCGGUCCUCGCGCACUGAGCCACCAGAUCUAGUGGGGAUCAUGAGGGUUACGGAUGAUAUGAUUGACUCGCUGGUUUGUCCGCCGCCGCCAACAGAUCCGCCGGUGAUGAGCGAGGAGAUGAUAACUGGACUGAUUGUUCCGGCCCCCGGUUGGAAUGGCACUAGCAAGGAUUUGUACUCGCCGGAGGCGGAAAGCUCGCCGGCCACCUCCUUUGUGGAUCCUGCCGCAAUGGCCGCCCAGCUGGCGGUGGGCGGCAUGGGCGGCGUGGGAGGCGUGGUCGUGGGCGGACUGGGCGUGGCCAAGCCAACGUCGCGUACGAGCAGCUUUGAGAUUGAGAACCUGCUAAAGACCGCGGAGCAAGUUACCGGAUUUUGUCGUUCACCCCAGGAAACACGGAAAUCGAGCCCAACCGGCUCGGUCACCUCAUCGGUGUCGACCACGGCAUUAACACCAUCACGCCAGCUGACCGAUGCGGAGAAGCUGCGCAAAGUCGUCAUGGAGCUGGUGGACACGGAACGCACCUAUGUGAAGCACCUGAACAAUCUGCUGGAGCACUAUCUGGAGCCCAUGAAACGCGAGACAUUCCUCUCCAAUGCCGAGAUCAACGCUCUGUUCGGCAACAUACACGAGAUCGUCACAUUCCAGCGCCAGUUCCUGCAGAAUCUGGAGGAGUCCUUGGACCUGGAGCCGGAAUUCAACAAGUUCGAGCACUGCGGCCAGUUCAGAAAUGUGCUCUUUGCGAUUGGCUCGGCCUUCCUGUACUACGUCAACCACUUCAAGCUCUACUCCUCGUUCUGUGCCAGUCACAGCAAGGCGCAGAAAGUCCUGCAUCCGAACGAGGGCAAUCACGCCCUGCAGGAGUUCCUCGCUGCCCGGAAUCCCAAGCAGCAGCACAGCAGCACCCUGGAAUCGUAUCUGAUCAAGCCCAUUCAGCGCAUCCUCAAGUAUCCGUUGCUCCUGCAGCAAAUGCGCAACCUCACCGACACCCGGGCCGAUGAGCAUGUGCAUCUUUGUGAGGCGCUCAAGGGCAUGGAAAAGGUGGCCGAGCACAUCAACGAGAUGCAGCGCAUCCACGAGGAGUACGGUGCCAUAUUCGAUCAUUUGUUCCGGCAGCACCAGAAGUCCUGCAAACAGCCCAUUGACCUGAGUCCAGGAGAUCUGCUGUACUAUGGCGGAGUGGAAUGGCUCAACAUCUCGGACUUCCUGGGCAAGAUUAAGAAGGGUCUGGAGCUACAUGCCAUGUGCUUUGUGUUCAAGUCGGCAGUGGUGUUCCUGUGCAAGGAGCGACUGCGUCAAAAGAAGAAGUUGAUGGGCGUUUCCAGCAAGAAUGCCACCAAUGAGGUCGAGAUCAUUCGCUACCAGGUGCUCAUACCCGUUACCGAGGUGCAAGUGCGCGCCAGUUCGGCCAAGGACAUGGACUCCCACUUCCUGUGGGAGCUCAUCCAUCUGCGUUCCCAGUUGCAGCGGCGCUCCGAGAAGGUCUACGUGCUGUCCAACAGCACCGCCGACUUCCGCAAUGCCUUCCUGAAGACCAUACGCCAGAUCAUCCGCGAGAGCGUCCGGAACAUGUCAAUUCCGAUGAAGAACUUUGGCGGCAGCUCCGGCUCCGUCUCCGGCCACUCCUCGCAGGGCAUGGGCAGCAUGGGCUAUGCGGGCAACUCCCAGACGCUGGAGCGUCCCAAGCAGCAAAUCACCAUCGUUCACGGCUCGCAUACACUGGGCAAGCCGAAGAAGAAGUCCGGCUCGCAGCGCCACUCGGCUGGCAACAUCGACUACGACAAUUUGUCGGGCAGCCAGGAGGCCGACGACCUGCCACCCAGUGUGGGCGUGGUCCACUACGCCUCCGCCCACGGCCACGGCCAGCAGAUGCAGCCAACUGGAUUCCGAGGUCGCAGCAAGACGGUGGGCGAUGUUACAGAAAUCACCUGCUCUUCCCCAGAACCCCAUCAGCAGCAGCAGCAGCAACAUCAGCAGCAGCAUCAGCAGCAACAACAGCAGCAGCUGAUGCAGCAGGGGCACGCCCAUGCCCACCCACAUCCCCAUCCGCAUCCACGGGAGCCACCGCCGCCCCCGAUCAGGCAGCCACAUCUGCACCACCACAGCUCGGACAUAGAACGGAUCGAUCCUGGAACGAAGUCGGAGGGCGAGGAGGACUCGCAGCAGGGCACAAUCAGGCCCAAGGCCACACUGGGUCGAACGCCCAAUCACCUGACGCUGAGCACCACAUCGACGCUCUCGGUGGGCAGCACCGGCAGCCAGGCGCGCCUCAUUCAAUCGUCGCAUCCGCCGGCCAGUUACCAGCCGGUGCUGAUGAAGGACCUAGGUAAGCCCAGCCCGGAUGAAUCGGAGCUCGAGUCGGAGUCGGAGGUGCAUGCCGCCCAGGUGGCGGCCUCCUUUAACUUAAGUCUAGGUAGUAGUGGUAGCUUAUUCGUCUCCGAUGCCCGAGAUAAUCAGACCCAGUCACGCACCCAAUCCCAAUCCCAAAUCCACUCCCUGCAUCCCUCACCUCGCCAGUCGCCGCGUCAAUCGCCGCGACAGUCCCCCAAGCAGGAUAUCGAGGUGAUUGAGAUCUUCGAGAGCGAGGCGGAACGACUGGCCGCCUCCCAGCAGGUGGCCGUCGUCCACCAGCAUCCGGCGGACCAGGCCAGGGAAUCCGGGCAUAAACAGCGACGUGACCGAGACCGAGACCGUGACCGUAACCCAACCGAGACGGACGCCUCCGCCCGGUUCAUGGACAAGCAUUUGAGUGACCUCGAGCAGGAGAACCUGGCCGAUGGCACCUGCGACAUUGUCGCCUACAUGGAGAGUCUGCGCGAGAAGGCCUUCGAUCCGCAGGACCUGGCCGAGGAUGCUGGCGAUCAGCAGCAGAAUGACUCCAGCCUCUCGCCGGAGCCACAAACCAUUGUGGAGAAUACACAGCAGACCGUCGUGGUGGACAUUGAGUCGCCAUCCCGGCCAGCCACUGAAUCAGAUAGCACUGGCAACACCACCGGGCCGUCGGAAAGAUCGGGCGAUGAAACGGAGGAGGAUGCCACCACCAGUUCGCUGGCCUCGCAUAUCGUGGUGAUUGACAAGAAGGUGGACAAGAUCUUCAAGGCCAAGUCUCCAGAGCGUCCAGCUUCCACCAAAGUCAAAGGUGGCCGAAGGCAGAUAUAUAUAUCGCCAGAUCGCUGCAAGUCCCAGGGUAGCUCCCCUGUGAGGAUCAUCAAGAUUAAGUCACCGCGCACCAGCUUGAGUGACCAGGGCAAGCGGUUGAGUGUGUCCUCCUCCAGGGACAACUCACAGGAUCGCCUGUCGGGCGGCCGCAGGACACCGAGUCCUCGCCGCUCCUCCGAAGGCGGUGGCAUACUGAAGCACACCACAGGCCCUGCUCCUGGCAUCCUGAAGCCACCUUCCAGCCCAGCCAAGUCCAAGAGUCCGGACAGGAGUUGCCUCAAAAAGGGCGGACCAUCGCACGUUUGCAGCGUGGAAACACUAUCGCCCAGGGUUUCGCCCAGAGGCAGCAUGGAUCACCUGUCCCCCGAUCGGGCAAUGACCGGCAGUUCCUGUCUGCGCCACUCGCCGCGCAGCAGCUUCGAUAGCCACGGUGAGUCGGAUCACAACUUGGAUGUGCCGCACGGCAGUCGCAAGAGGAGCAUGUCUGCCCACGGCAGCUUUGAGACGGGCACGCGGCCAAGGGCCCAGGAAACCUAUCAGUACUAUCCGGUGUACGACAACCAGACGUGCAGUGAUCACUAUGUGGCUGCCGCUCCAACUGGGCGCUAUGGUGGGGGCACAAGCAGCAGGAGCAGGCUGAGCAAAUCCCUGGAGCGCUCCACUUCCAGGGAUAGCACCACCACCAGUAGCUCCUACGGCCACAGGGCGUAUGGGGUCUCCCCCGACCGCAACUACGUGGUCUUCAGUUCCGGGCCAUUGCGAUCGCAGUCCGCUGAGAAUACCUUCUCCUCGCAACCCAUAUACGAUCCCUUGCCGCGUCAUCCACCACAGCCACUGCAUCAGCCGCCGAUGCACCACCAACAGCAGCAGCAACAGCAGCAACAUCAGCAAUAUAUGAGCUAUGCCCCGGAGAUGGGCGGAUACACUGGCUGUCAGCACGAUCCGCAGGGUGGCUACCAGCUCAGCUCCUCGGCCCCGGAGUACACCACAUGCAUCGACUGUCUGUACCAGAAGAGACCCUCCUAGCAUAAGUCCCGCGUGCGGCAGAGUCGCACGCGGAAGAAGACGCCACGCGGAAUGGUGGUGGUCAGUGCGCAGCCGACGGCCACCGGGGGAAUAGGAUUCGUGCCCGAGAUGGGCUGCGCCGAGGCACCCGGCGGUUGUGUGGACUGUCACGACUACUUCGAGAUUCAUGUGUAAUGGAACUCCGCCACGAAGGCACUUCCACUCAAGGACCUCCACUGAAAGACCUCCACUAUUUUGAAACCAAAGAUAACAGACGAACAACCCGAAAUGCCUCAACAAACUAAUUUUAACCGAACUCAGCUCACAAAUACGUAAACUCACAAUGCUAACUAUAAACGAAAGUAAUCAAAACCGAACACGAACUUCCAACACAAGGGAUUGAAAUCAAAAAGACCUAGCCUACAAAAUAUACAAUCUACUUACUAGAAAACCACAUGCAUAAGUAAUGGAAAGAAAGGCACUCUUAAAAACUAGUUGAAAUAGCUCAAACGUUACCAAACCCCAAACAAAAUCCCCAUAUUCCUCGUAUUUGUUGUGUAAGUGUUAGCCAUAAGUCACCGAACCUGAGCGUAGCUAGCUCUUUUAGCGCAGCAGCAUACAUACAUAUGUAGUUCGGUAGUUCAUACCGAAAACUAAUCAAAGGAUAAAACGGUGGGUAACUAAUCCUGGUUGGCGAAAGGUUGCACAAUGGGUAUGUGCCACCGUUUUGCAGUUAAUUAUUUAAGUUGCAGCCGAGUUGGGCGCGAACACUUCGCCGUGAUUUACACACUCACCCGCAUUCGCUCACACCCAUAACCACACCCACACACAUUAACGAACAAAAUGGCGGAAGUUCCGCUCGCCUCGGGUGGCAAGUAGAAAUAUUACGUAUACGCCGCGUUGCACACACAAUACUCAAGUGCCGUAAUUACGAGGGCAAACAACAGAAAAGAGCAGUAGUAGCUAGAGCUAAAGCAGCAAAAGCAGAAGCAGCAACAGCAGCAGCAGCAGCAGCAGCUAAAACUAAAGUUGAAAUUCAUACUCGCACUCAAGUAAACUAUGUACUAAGAGACAGGCAGACAAACAAAUGGCAAACUCAACUUGAAACACAUAUAGAUGGGUAAAAUAAGACAGCCAGGAGCAGAUAUAAAACGAAGAGACACCGAGCAGAGCUAAAAAGUUCGGAAAAAGUCGCCAGCUAACUAACUAUUAGCUGUGGGAGGAAAAGCGGAAAAGCGGAAAAGGCGGAAAUGCGGAAUAGUCAGGGGUGGAAACUGUAAAUGAAACCGUAAAUGAAAUCAAAAAUUUUUAAUUACCCAUCUGGCGACAUGGAUCUACUGCUACUGAGCUGGGCUUUCGGGUUCGAAUGCCAACAUAUUCCAGGGGUUAACAUAAAAUAUACCUAACAAGAGUUUACCUAUCGAUAUAUGGGGAUUAUUUACAUAAAGGACAAAAAGGACAACUAGCAAAAAACUAAAUCAAACAUUAGUUAGUUAGAAAAUUUUGCCAACUUGCACGUUUGUGCUAUUCGGGCAUCGAUGUGUGUGUGUGUGUACCAAUAAUGUUGUGACAAAUAAUUUGCAUAUAUGCAUAUGGUUUUUAUAUGAUUUUUAUAGGUUUUUUAUAGAUAUAAACAAAUAUACAUGCAUAUACAAGUCGACGGGCAAAUCAAAUGAAGCAUUUUCCGCAUGGGUUUUCCACCAUUUCCGUUUCACAUUCCAAUUAAAUCAGCAAAUUAAAAACAUACAAUAAAAUGGAAACGAAUCAAAAUGUGGAUGUAUUCUGAGAAUGAUAAUCGUAAGUCGUACCUCAAUGUUCUGUAAUGGGUAAUCAUAUUAUAUAUACAUAUAUAUGUACACUUAGGUAGCUCUGGAAAAAACGCGUAUAUAUAUACAUAUAUAUAUCCUCCCUUUUCGAGGCGCGGGUCGGGAAUUCCCAUUCGAUUCUGCGAUCCAAGCCGCACUCAACUCUCGACUAAAUAUAUAGAAAACGGUUAAGGUCAAACAAAUUUCAGGUUGUUGUAACGAGAAUUCAAAGCAGUAUAGAAAAAAGCGAACGAUGAAGGAGCAUAGUCAGAAUAAAUAUGUUUAAGCUUCAAGAACAUUUACAGUUUACAGUUUACACUGGGCUUCGCAGCAGCAAAAUCAAAACAAGAAAUGAUAACAAAUAUUCUCAAAAAUCAAAAUAUACAUCGUAAAUACGGCAUAUAUAUACAUACAUAUACAGCAGCAUAUACAGCAUAAAUGUUCAACGAAACUAAAAAUUGGAGCUAGCGAAAUCCAAAAAAAUAUACGAAUAUAAAUGCAAACUAAAUAAAGAUAAGCGGAGGCCGCAAACAGCGAACAUUGAAGUGCAGCAGUAAAGCUAAAACAAACAUCAAAUUUAACCAAUAAUCCUUGUGUGUGUGCACAACCCGCACACGGCCAAACACUGAAAUCCACUAAACAAAUAAUCGAAAAAUCAACACACUAAAUGCCAACUUCAAAAUCAAAUUCGUAAAAACUAAACUAAAGCGAGCCCGUUACGUACAUAUGUAACUAUUAAUGGGAGUUCCAAACUUAAUGCAACUAACUAAAACUAAACUAACUAAAGCAAUCGAAACGCAAUUAACGAACUGGCCCCAUGAGUUUAAAGUAAAUACAAUAAAUACAUAAAAUACGCCAAAGUAAAUAAAUGUAAAAGGACAGCGACAAGUAGAGGACACCCAUAUACUCGUAUGUAGUUAAUGCACCGAUUUCCUGGCCCAUCCAAAAAACAAAAACCCCUCUCGAAUCGAAUCGAAAGACAUACCCUCGAUUAGUUAUGCAUUUAAAUUUGUUUAGUAGUUGCUUAGCAGGUAAGUGCGACAUUAAUUUGUAAUUAGGCAAACGAACGAUGAGUACUUGAAUUGAAUUAGUAAUUAAACAAUUUAACGGGUGAUAUUUCAUUUUGUCUACACACAAUUAUCUCAAAGAUAACUAAAAUCCCUAAAAACACAUGAACAAUUGACUCGAAUAAUGUUGAACUCAGUUAGAAAUAUACACUUAGUCGUAACUCUUAAGUCGGAUAUGGAGAUGGAGUUGGAGUUAUCUUAGGCAUGUUAAGUUAAUAGGUAUUAUUACCCGCCCAUUCGAUGCAUUUGUGUGUAUCUCUUCAUAGCGUAUCUGUGUAUCUGUUGUGUCUGUUACAAACACUUGAUAUUAUUAGUUGGCAUCGCUUGAUUAACAAACAACUAACCGAAACAACCGAAAUUCGAUUCAAAAUCAAUGAACUUUGCAAGUUUUCCCCCUCAAUUUGAACGUUUUGCAUUUUCUCUAUCAAUAUCACGACUAAAUGACAAAGUGUGCCGAAGAUCUAAAGCAAAAUCUUGUACUGCUGAAUGCCAUGCCAACCGAAAGAGAGCAAUGCUAAUGCCAAGUCCAUUAUAAUCGAUCUAUAUAUAUAUAUAUAUUUAUCUAACUAUAUAUGUCUUAUGGUUACACACACCAGCCCCACCAACUCAACUCAACUCAAUUCAACUCCUCACCACACCCCGAAAUCCAGAAUCCAGUAUUCAGAUUUUAUUCAGAAUUUAUUCGGCAUUUUUUCACACAUUGAAACGCAAUUAUUUUCCAGAAAUUUAAUUUUCUGUUUUCCAUACAACUUUUUGUGUGCCAAAGCGAAAUAAAUUCAAAUUGAAUUAAAUUUUAUGAAACUUUCAUCUAUGCACAACUUUUUCCAUCAUUUUUGAAUCACGCUCUUGACUUUUGCAUCUGGAAAACUAAUUUUCAAAUAAGCAAGUGGGUUAACUGAAAUGCGAAACUAUUUCAAUUUCACCACUAACUGUACCAUAUUUUUCCAAAUUAUAAACACCCCAUUUUCCAUCCCAUAAAUAUGUACAUCAAUUUCUCUCAAUCACUUUGCAAAAUUAAAUUGGAGCCCUUUAAUAAAGACACACACGAGAAACAGAAGAGGCAGAACGGAAAAUGUUGGCAUAAAAUGCAAAACUUUUGAUCGGAAAUUCGAAAAAUUGCCCAGACUUAAACUUAAGCUCUUAACAAAAGCUAAACUAUCUGCAAACGAGAAAAUGAACCAAGCGAUGUCAACAUUUUAGCCAACACAACUCUCUCUCUACUCAAAGUCCCCCAAUCGCAAAUAUUAGUUGUUGAACUAGCUGUUAAUCACCCCCACUUCCACUCCCACCACCCAGCCCCAAGCCCCACCCAAAACUAUAUCAAGUAGAGAAAGAACCCGCUUGAAGUAGUGCUCAUUACAUUAAACAAUAAUUAGUUUUGCUUAUAUUUUUUAACCGAAAAAUUUAUACAUUUUGCUUGCAUGCUUCUUAACUAAACGAAUCCGAAUUGGCCACAAAUUACUUAUUCAAAUCUGUUCGACACAAUUGUAUAUAACCAAAUGGAGGUGCUACCCUCCGCCCACUUGCUCUUUCUAACUCUUUCGAUCUCUAAAUCUAUAUUUUCUAUCUGACAAAAAAAAAAAAUACAAAAAGAAAAAACCAAAACUACAAAUUAAGUUUUGCAAACCAAAAAAGAAAAUAUUUCAUAAUUUUUCAUAUAUGGUUUCCAUUGUAUCUUUUCUUUUCUUUCAUUUAAUUGUAGGGUCCCCGGUGUGGAAACCACGAGACAUGAUAAAUUUAGGCACAGAUCCACAGUCAACAACCCGCAAAGACGAUGUGAAAAAUUAAAUCAGAAAAAGCAAAGCAAAACAUUUAGUAUCAAGCU